AUGACACCAAAUGAGCUGAACUAUUCACCGAUUGAAAAAUUAUGCUUGGCGCUAGUCUUCUCAAUUCAAAAGAUGAAGCAUUAUUUUCAAGCACAUGUUGUUCGUCUUACUUCUAGAGCAAAUCCCAUCAAGUUUGUUAUGUCGAAACCUGUCCUUAGUGACCGACUAGCAAGAUGGUACCUCCAAUUCCAACAGUUUGAGAUCGUGUACAUCCCUCAAAAAGCUGUGAAAGGACAAGCAUUGGCGGAUUUCUUGGCAGACCAUCCGAUACCGAAUGAUUGGGAUUUAACUGAUGAGCUUCCUGAUGAAGAUGCAAUGUUAAUUGAAGUUCUACCUCCUUGGAAAAUGUACUUUGAUGGAGCUGCACAUCGUGGCAGAGCUGGUGCUGGUGUAGUGUUCAUUACUUCACAAGAAGAGAUCCUACCAUUCUCAUUUUCUUUGAAGCAAUGUUGCUCCAAUAAUGUCGCUGAAUACCAAGCGUUGAUACUUGGACUUGAGAUGGCCGUUGACAUGAAGCAAUUAAACUUACAAGUCUUUAGUGACUCUCAGUUGGUGAUCAACCAACUCUUGGGAAGUUAUGAGGUGAAGAAGCCUGAAUUGCGUCCUUAUCAUGAUUAUGCUCAAAAGUUGAUAGAAUGGCUUGGAGAUGUAACCCUUCAACAUGUGCGUAGAACGGAGAAUAAGAAAGCUGAUGCAUUGGCUGCUCUUACUUCAACACUAACCCUUCCUGAUCAGACGCAGGUGACUAUUUGUCAAAAAUGGAUAGUACCACUGCCAAAUGAGGAAGAAUGUAUAGAAGAUGAGUUUAAUCAUUUCGUCGCCGUUUCUGAAGCCGCGAAAGAAGAGUGGAGACAACCCAUUAUUGACUACAUGUGUUAUGGGAUACUUCCAGAAGAUCCAAAGAGAAGGACUAACAUUCGUCGUCGUGCACCUCGCUUCCUUUAUUACAAGGACACAUUAUAUAGAAGAUCAUUUGAGGGUGUACUAUUACGAUGUUUGGGAGAGGAAGAAGCAAUUCAAGCUUUACAAGAAGCACACUCGGGAGUGUGUGGAUCACAUCAAUCUGGACCAAAACUCCACUUUCACAUAAAGAGGAUGGGGUAUUAUUGGCCAACCAUGGUGAAGGAUUGCUUAGAUUAUGCUCGGAGGUGCGAUGCUUGUCAAUUUCAUGCGAAUUUUAUACAUCAGCCGCCCAAAGUAUUGCACCCAACUAUUGCAUCUUGGCCAUUUGACGCUUGGGGACUGGAUGUUGUGGGACCACUACCAAAAUCUUUCGGUGGACACUUGUACAUCUUGGCUGCAACAGAUUACUUCUUAAAAUGGGCUGAAGCUGUCGCUCUUAAAGAAGUGAAGAAAGAGAAUGUUGCAAAUUUUAUCUGA